AUGCCAACUAGAUCCAAAACUUCCAAGCGGAAGCUCCACCAGGAGCCACCGUCGCACAUCCUAAGCAAGAAGCUCCGGUCCAAACUGCCUCGCCGGCGACGACGUCAGAUCUCGCCGGUGCUUCUAUCCUCGCUGAGGCAGAAAACCUCUGGCGAGAAUCCUCGGUUCUUCUCCGUCGUCUCAGUUGACUCGAGCUCCGGCUCCGACUUCGCCGGUGGCGAAGCUUCCUGCAAUUCGAGCAGAGCUUCCAGCAUAUUCGCCGGAAAAGGAAGGACGAACUCGAGGAACGGAUUAUCUGAAGAAAUUGACGACGUUCAGAACGUUGAGCGUGCGGAUUUGCUGAGAAAUCGGAGAUUCGAGAAGCGGAUCGAAAAUGAAGCGGAGGUGUCAGAGUCUUCAUGCGUGGACUCCAAUUCUGGAGUUCAGGAACGCAGCAGAACCUUGAUUUUGAAGUUCAGGAGCGGAAGAGAAAGUAACGAUCCGAAGGUGAACGAUGAAGUUUCCGAAGCUUGUACGAAAUCGGAGAUUACUUGUGCCGCCGCGGAGCAACAUUCCGUUCAGCAUUUGAAGUUCAGCAAAGGAAAUUUGAACCGAAACGACUUCAUUUCGGUAAGCUCUGGUGUUCGCGCGACGUCGUUGGAGGAGAAUAAGAACAGAGCAUCGGAGUCCGAAUUCUCUCAAGGUUCAAGGAGCCAUCACGCUGGUGAUAACUGCGCUGAUUUGAUAUCGCAAUCGAUUCUGAAGUAUGGAUCGGAUGAUGAUUCAGGCGCCGGUGAUUCCGAUCUUGCUUGCUCUGAGCAAUUGCGAUUCUCGUGCUGCGACGACGACGAUGACGACGAAACGGUGUACUGCUCCAGCCAGGAAACUUCGUUCUCUGAACUUCACUCCGAGAUCUUCGGCGAAUCCUCAGAGAUAGAGUUCUCAGAUUACACUCCGUCACUGUUCGCCGAUUCUGGAAGCCAGUUUUCCGAAGGAUCCGUCGGAGAAACUCCUUCACCAACAUACUCUCUGUUCGUUCAGUACCUCAACGAAUUCUCAACUCUAGCUUCUCCGUUUAAUGCUUCAAUCGUCGAAGAAGAUGCUUCUCUUCAGGACAAAUUUGCAAGGUUUGAAGAUUCUGAUGACGAAGAUAGUUACCAAUUGCUGAGAAAGAGAGAAAGGAAGCAAGUGUUCCUGUGGAAUUAUGCUGAAGCGUAUUUAUCUGCCACAGAAUUUGGAGAGCUCGUGCUUCAGCAACGCUCACAAAUGGUUCACUGGAUCAUUGAGCAAUCUUGUCAAAAACAGCUUCGACAAGAGACAUUGUUUCUUGGAAUCAGCCUGCUUGACCGAUUCCUGGGCAAAGGAUACUUCAAGGACAGACGAAACCUUCAAAUUCUUGGAAUUGCCUGCCUCACGCUAGCCACCAGGAUUGAAGAAAACCAGCAAUAUAACAGACUGGGGCAUAAAAAUUUCAACAUAGGAGACAGUGUAUACAGUAGAUGCGAGGUGGUAGCUAUGGAAUGGGUGGUGCAGGAGGUGCUCGAGUUCCAGUGUUUUCUGCCAACCAUCUACAGUUUCUUGUGGUUCUAUCUGAAAGCUGCUAAUGCUGAUUUAGUUGUGGAGAAAAGGGUCAAGUACCUUGCUGUACUGGCACUGUCAGCUAAUGAGCAGCUGCGUUUCUGGCCCUCAACAGUUGCUGCUGCACUUGUAAUCCUGGCUUGUCUAGAACUAGAACUCAAUCAGAAUGCAUCCCAUAAAGUCAUAGGGAUCCACGUUAGAUCAAAGGAUGAGAAUUUGCAUGAAUGCAUGGAGAGCCUGGAAUGGUUGUUACGUUAUCUAUGAUAACAUGCUAGCUGGAGGGGCACAUUGGUUACACAUUCAGUUUGGUGGCAGUAGUUCCUACUCAUCUGAAGGAAAGUGGCUUUCUCAUGCCUGGUUGAUUCAUCAUUUAUAGUUAAUAAAUCUCAUUUGUUUGCCUACCCUAGAGGAAGGAAAUUCCAUUAUUUUUUCCCAUGUAACUAUAUCAAUAGUUCAUAACCAGAAACCGAUAUACCACACAAGGUAUCUAGAUUUUAUCAAAGCAUUGAAACCUAGCAACGAGGCAGAAAACUCAGCUGUCAACAGUUAUUAACCUUCAAAGAGACAUGAUACAGGAUUAUACAGAUGUUAUUCUUCUUUCAAUUGCAUUAUAUAUAAUUGUUUCUUCCUGA